GAAACCGACCACAGCCUUAAAAUCAGAGGCUCAGAAAAGAAACUCUCUGUUUCUACUUUAAAUGUUGAUUCUCAGUCAGAUAUAUCUGUCAACGAAAAAAGCGAACACACAUAGAUGAUUAAUGUCGCCAACAUGGGGGGGAAAAAAACCCAUAAUAGCAGAAGUAAUGGUGUCAGAAAUUCUUGUAAACCACACCCCCACGUUCACAGGAAGCCUUGUGUAUGUUGAAACCCCCAGUGCAGCAGAAACACUGACAGACAGAUACAGUAUAGUGAGAAAACAGUUAGAAACCAAAACAGGAAAUAACUUUAGAUGAGAGAAGGUUAUAAUCGGUAGAAAUUAGAUACAAGAGGCAGAAAGAGAAAAAAGAGCGAGGAAGAGAGAGGGAGGGACAGAGAAAGUUAAUGUUGUUACAGGGGGAGGAGAGAAGGGAUGGCAUGUGUGUCCGCUGAUGCUUCAACCUCCGGCUUUUUGAUGCAACACAGCCUCGAGCUCAAAGACAGAGCACACGUAGAGGGACCUGGGUGCAGACCACUAACAUUUUGGGUGCUGAUACACGAGGCAAGAUGUCGUGUCUGAGCGGAAAGGCUGUAAGGCGCCAACAAACCCACUGACGGAUGAAUCACAGCGGAUAAAAUGUUGUUUCCAUUGAUCUGCUGAGUAAAACUGCUGAAUCCUAAGGAUGCCUUGUUCCCGGGACUGAGGGUGAAACAUUGACAGUUUACCAGCACUGUACACACUUCAGCUUAAAGACGCACAAACUCCUCCUCGCCAAAAAUGGACACUACGGACGCUGAAGCGCAGCCAUCACCUGACUACGAGCAGCUCUCUUGAUUGAAGCUUCCUUUUAGUUCACAAGGCGACUUGUCUUUACAGUUACAGGCUUAAGAUGAACUUUGCUAACCACAGCUGUCAAAUCAGUGAAGAUCUCCAGAUGUACCAGCACCGUGUGUAUGCGGUGGUGUACAGUGUGAUCUUAGCACCGGGCCUGCUGGGUAAUGUGCUGGCACUCUGGGUGUUCAAGGUUUAUAUCAGAGAAACCAAGAAGGCUGUGGUGUUCAUGAUGAACCUUGCUGUGGCCGACCUGCUGCAGGUGCUCUCUCUGCCUCUGCGGAUCUACUACUACCUGUACAACACCUGGCCCUUUGGCCAUCCUCUCUGCAUGAUCUGCUUCUACCUGAAGUAUGUCAACAUGUACGCCUCCAUCUACUUCCUGGUGUGUGUCAGCGUGCGUCGCUGUGAGCUCAUUAUGCGUCCACUGAGGUACAACUCCUCCAGGAGGAAAGGAGACUUGUUAAUAUGUGCCCUCGGCUGGCUGUUAGUGUGCCUGUGCUGCCUGCCCUUCCCUCUGCUGAGGAACCCCAGCAGUGAACCGUACUCUAAUGCAUCACGUGGGCUGGUGUGUUUCUCAGAGCUGCCUAUGAGGACAGUCAGUAUCCCAGCAGCCUGGGCCCUCCUGAUCCUAGCCGAGCUGCUGGGCUUCAUCAUCCCCCUCAUCCUGGUAUUAGCCUGCACCUGUCUGACCGCUGGGAGCCUCCGGAAGCCCACAACAGGGGCGAUUCCUGACCGAGGGGAGAAGCGGAGGGCCUUAAGGAUGGUGCUAAGCUGUGCUGUGGUCUUCCUAGUGUGCUUUGUUCCUUACCAUAUCACCAUGCCCCUGGACUUCCUAGUCAAAGCAGAUGCACUGAGCAGCUGUGCCCUCAGGGACCUGAUCCUGCGAUGUCACCCUGUCACGCUUUGCCUGGCCAGCCUGAACUGUAGCCUGGACCCACUCAUGUACUAUUUCACAACAGACGAAUUCUGGAGGCGACUGAGCAAGCCCGAGAUACCAGAGAGCAUGGCUUUCAGCAGACGUCUGUCCUGUAUAGCUGGAGGAGAGGACACAGAGGAGGACUAGAGCAACGUCAGUUUCUCUUGUUGAGGUACCAACAGCUAAAUCUUAACCACUAAACAUAAAAACUAUGCACAAACUUGUGAAAGGCAAACUUUCAUGUGAAAAUAUGAGUAAAUGUCAAAAUGGGUUUUUUUUAUUAUUAUUUAUGUUCUAAUAAAAAGUGUUCUUUCUACAUUUGUGCGACCCUGGUGAA